GGCUGAGACAGGCUGAGACAGGCUGGCCACUGCGCAUGCGCAUGUUAUUCAAGAUGUCGGCGUCCUCUUGCAAGAGACAGAGAAUGCAACUAAUCCUUCAGGUGGAGAGAAAAUAGAGGAUCCGCCAAACCAUCAACAAGAUGUUUUCUAGAAGAGUUAUUAAGCUCCUACCUAAAGGUAAAGAGUGUGCCUCAAUCUUACUUUCAUGCCGUUGCAAAACUUACAAGAACACCACAAGAACAUUUCACACCGGGAGCCCGCUGAUGGUGGCCAAGUUACUAUCCCUAGAUGAACUCUUCGCCAGGAGGUCCCUGCAGGACUACCUGAAAAGGACGCACUCGGAAUAUGUGGAUUGUUUAAAAGUGGUCAACAGCAACGCACUGACAGACAGUGUGGACGAGCUAAAGGAGAAGAGGACCAAAGUGUCGCUGAUGACUCCCCUCGUCCAGGCCAUCAGGGAGCUGGACAACAAACAGGAAGAGGUGUCUGAGACCGAGGCGCUUUUGAAGGAUGACGACCAUGCUCUGCGGGAACUGGCUGAGCAGGAAAGGGAAGCGUGUUUGCAAGACAUGCAGGAACUGAGGCAAAAGAUUUUAGAUCUUCUGAUACCAGAGGAAGAGGCCGAACUGAGCGACCUGGUGCUGGAGGUCACUGCAGGUGUGGGCGGACAGGAGUCAAUGCUGUUCACUGCUGAGAUUCUUAACAUGUACGAGGGCUUCGCUUACCACAACGGCUGGUCUUUUGACGUCCUGGAGCACAUGACCAGUGACAUCGGAGGACUACGCCAUGCCUCGGUGAGCAUCAGUGGCCCUCAGAGCUACAAGAGGAUGAAGUUCGAAGGUGGGGUUCACCGCGUCCAGCGGGUCCCGAGGACGGAAAGACAGGGCCGGGUGCACACCAGCACCAUAACUGUGGCCGUGCUGCCCCAACCCACUGAGAUCUCUUUCACGAUAAACUCGAAGGACCUCAGGAUCGAAACUACGCGGGCAAGUGGGGCAGGAGGUCAACACGUCAACACCACAGACAGCGCCGUCAGAAUAGUUCAUCUCCCUAGUGGUGUGGUGGCUGAGUGCCAGGAGGGGCGGUCCCAGCUGAAGAACAAGGAGAUGGCCAUGAAGGCCCUGAGAGCCAAACUCUUCAACAUAAAGCUGGAGGAGGCGACCAGCAAACGCUACAAUCAGCGUAAAGUGCAGAUUGGCACCAGGGGCAGAUCAGAGAAGAUCCGCACCUACAACUUCCCUCAAGAUCGUAUAACGGACCAUCGCAUUGGCAUGACGCUGCACGACGUCAAGAGUUUCCUGCUGGGAAAGGAUCUGCUGGACAAGAUGAACUCCUCUCUGCAGGAGUUCUCCAACCAGGAGGUGUUAAUGGAACUGCUGGGAGAAAACAAAAUGGACGGAUCAUGAUACUUAUACUAAUACUUAUACCUAAUAAUGACAUGCUUCUACAUCACAGAUAGAAGUCCCAUAUUAUGAUAUCAUUCACCAAUUUUAAUACCACAUAACUGUAACUACAUUGCAAUCAUCAAAUCAUUAAGAAAUAUAUACUUGAAAUAUUUCCCCUGAGUGUUACACUUUUCUGAAAACAUUUUUUUGACAUUCAUUUACUUUUCAACGACAGUCUAAUUUGCCCAGGUCUGAUGUAUAGGUUAGGCAAAUAUAAGCUUUGGCUUCAGCCUAUUUCCUUUUUCGGUCAUUAUUUUUCUUUUUGUGUGUGCAUUUGUAUCAUUGUUAAUACCGUUAAAUUUAUCACACAAAAUGGUUGAUUUUUUUGUUUUCAUUAAUCUUUUUUUUUUUUUAUCUCCUUCAUUGAUGUGCAUCUUUGAUCGAUAGACAAUUAUACUUCAAUUAUACAAUUUUACAUUUACACACCAAUGCCUUAGAAGGAGCAGGAUGAAGAAAAAUCUUAUAUUUUCCUGCCCUCUUCAACAUAAUACGUAGUCUUACUUCAUGGAUAUUAUACAAACCAACAAAUACAUCCAAAUGUAAUGAAAACAAACAAAAAACACACAAGUGCAAAACUUCAUGAAGUACAAAACCAGACAAAAAAAUAAGUAAAAUAAUAAAUAAAAAGCUAAAUGUAAACACUUAUGGCUGUCCAUAUGAUCUCAUUUUUCUGUCUUUAUAUAUUUCAAUAGGAAUAUAUUUUUACAGUCUUUUAUCUCAUUGUAAAGAUAAUUCCAUACUUGAACCCCCACCACUGAUGCACACAUUUGUUUUAAAGUUGUCUUUGAAUACUGAUGUUUGAAAUGACCAUUUCUUCUAUGCUCUGUAUUAUCAAAAGUGAUGACAAACAUUUUUUGUAAAUUUGCUGGUAAUGUUUUACUUUUAGCCUUCAACAUGACACACAAUGUCUGUAGCUUUACUAGUUCCUGUAAUUUCAACAAACCAGAAUUAAAUAAUAUGUUAGUGUGGUCUAA